AUGUCUCGAAUCCUCUGCAUUUCGUCGGUCUUGCUGGUUCUCAUCGGCGCUUCUGAAGCCGUCUUCACGCAGUCGGCUGGGGUCAAAGGAGUGUUGAUGUGCGGUGAUAAGCCACUUGCGAAUACCAAGGUCAAGCUCUACGAUGAUGAUACUGGACCGGAUCUUGACGAUCUUCUCGCUGAGGGAACCACCGACUCUCUAGGCCAAUUCCUCCUUACCGGACACACUUCUGAAGUGAUGACCAUCGACCCAAAGCUCAAUAUCUAUCAUGACUGCGACGAUGGAAUCAAACCUUGCCAACGAAGAGUGACUUUCAACAUUCCAAAGUCUUUUGUCUCUUCCGGAGAAAACCCAAAAACCUUCUUCAACAUUGGAACUAUCAACAUGCAAAUCGAGUUCGAGUCCGAGUCCCGUGACUGUCUGCACAGGAAAUGA